CGCCCGGGCGGGGCGGAGCGUUCCGGGGCGCCGUUUCCGCCGCGGUCGGGGCCCGUUGCGGCGGCGGGCAGCAUGCUGAGCCCGCGGGAGCGCGGCGGUGAGCUGGCCCGCUUCUACACGGUGACGGAGCCGCGGCGGCACCCCCGCGGGCACACCGUCUACAAGGUCACGGCGCGGAUUGUUUCGAGAAAGAAUCCAGAGGAUGUCCAGGAGAUAGUCGUUUGGAAGAGAUACAGCGACUUUAAGAAACUGCACAAAGAUCUCUGGCAAAUUCAUAAAAACCUCUGCAGACAGACAGAACUCUUUCCACCUUUUGCCAAAGCGAUAGUGUUUGGGCGAUUUGAUGAAACCGUGAUUGAAGAAAGAAGGCAAUGUGCUGAAGACCUGUUGCAGUUUUCUGCUAAUAUCCCCGCUCUCUAUAACAGCAAACAACUUGAAGAGUUCUUUAAGGGUGGAGAGGUGCAUGAUGGAUCUGAAUUGAUUGGUCCUGUUGAGCCUCUGUCUGACGCUCUGACUGACAACCUGUCCGACUGCAGCUCUGAAGUUCGGAAAGACUUAAGCGGACUUGAUGAUGUGACACUUACAAGCCAGUCGGAAUGUGGAGGCUUCUCCAGUGACAGUGACCUGAUCUCUCUGACAGUUGAUAUAGACUCUCUUGCUGAAUUAGAUGAUGGAAUGGCAUCCAACCACAGUUCUCCCAGUAGAGCUGUUGGCCUUUGCCUUGCUUCUGAGCCCCCAGUACAAAGCACGGUGGCAUCUGAGCAGGAGUGGAGCAAACCUGAAGGAGAGAGGGAGAGCCAUGGUCUGUUUACUGGGAGCUUAAAACCCAAGCCUGGCAAACAAGAUUACUUGGAGAAAGCAGGCGAGUUGAUAAAGCUAGCCUUGAAAAAGGAGGAAGAAGAAGACUAUGAAGCUGCCUUCAGCUUUUAUAGAAAGGGUGUUGAUUUACUUCUGGAAGGUGUUCAAGGUGAAUCAAGUCCAACUCGUCGAGAAGCGGUGAAAAGGAAGACUGCAGAAUACCUUAUGCGAGCUGAAAAAAUUUCCAGUCUCUACCAUAAAUCCUCUGAAGAUGCAUCUGUUUCUAUGCCUCCAGGAUCACUAAGUUCAAGGCCCUCUUGGAACCUAAGGAGCCCUGCCGAGGAACUGAAGGCCUUCAGAGUCCUUGGGGUGAUUGACAAGGUUUUACUUGUAAUGGACACUAGAACUCAGCAGACUUUUAUACUGAAGGGUCUAAGGAAAAGUAGUGAGUACAGCAGGAGCAGAACGACCAUCAUCCCCCGCUGUGUGCCCAACAUGGUGUGUCUGCACAAGUACAUCAUCUCCGAGGAGUCUGUCUUUCUCAUAUUACAGCAUGCAGAAGGAGGAAAACUGUGGUCGUAUGUCAGUAAAUUCUUAAACACGAGUCCUGAAGAGAGCUUUGAAAUUCCUGAACCCAAAAUAUCCAGUUCAACUAAAAUUCACCUGGAGCGGCCGACACCCAGCCCUAAAGAAAUUAGUAGCAGCACAGAUUCCAGAGAAAGCUAUGGGGAGAACAUGCUGAAGGUGGUCCCGCUGAGGAGCAGCCUAACGCCAAGCUCUCAGGAUGACAGCAGCAACCAGGAAGAUGGCCAAGAGAGUUCAAAAUGGAUGGACUCAGCAUCCAGCUCAGAAGAAGAGUGCACUACUAGUUAUCUAACGUUAUGUAAUGAAUAUGGGCAAGAAAAAAUUGAUUCUGGCUCUCUCAAUGAGGAACCUGUGGUUAAAGUGGAGAGUCAAAGUUUGAACAUCAAGGAGAGAAAUUUACAGAAAUGCACUGUUGCUGGCAGUGAUAGCUUCAGCUCUCAGGUUCCAUCUCAAGAGCUAAAGCUUUUCAUUGAUGAUGCUGAAUCAGAAAUAGCUAGUCCUACACGGAUAUUGGACUCGUUAACCAAAUCAAAGAACAGCCCUAUGGAACUUUUCAGAAUCGACAGCAAAGAUAGCGCUAGUGAGCUUCUGGGACUGGAUUUGGGAGAAAAAUUGUAUAACCUGAAAUCAGAACCUUUGAAGCCAUUGUUCUCUGUGCCAGGUCAUGACAGAAGCUUGGAUGCCCUGGAGAACAAAAUGGGUGUGAAAGCUCAGGAUACCGUAAGCAGGGGUUCAAACGACUCUGUGCCAGUUAUCUCGUUUAAGGAUGCUGCGUUCGAUGAUGUUAGUAGUAUUGAUGAAGGCAGGCCUGAUCUCCUAAUAAACUUACCCGGUAUGUCUGAUGCAACUGAGGAGGCAGCAGUGUCAAGGCCUGCCAAGUUUACAAAAACUGAUAUGGAUGUCUUGGAAGUAAAAUUAUUAGAAACACCUGAUGUCUUACAAUUAAAUAAUUCUGCAGAACAAUGCAAAACAUUUAAUCAAGAGCCAAAUCACGUGACACCAGAACAGGGUGAUACUUCCCCCAAGGAAGUAAAUGGACAAAGCGGUGUCACUCAGGGAGCUCUCGGGACCUUCUUUACUUCUGACGCAGAGGUAGGUAGUUCAGAAGACGGGGCUCUGUUUCAAGGGCCUGGAGCCUGCUCCUUAAACAUGCCAAGCAAAGAAGAAAGUUUGUUUGUUUCCAACCUGCUCUCAGGUGCUCAAGAUGUUAGCUUGGACAGAGACACGAUAAGAAAUGAAGCAGUGUUGCUGUUUUCUGAUCAAACUGAAGACUUUGGGAAAGAGGAAACAAACCUGUCUUUGUUACCAGCAGCUGAAAGUGAACAGACAGCACCAAAGAGGGAAGACAAAAUAGCAGUAGCAGGGGAGAAGGAUAUACACCAAAUUUUUCAGGACCUUGAUGAAAGAUUAGCGAUAACCUCCAGGUUUUAUAUCCCAGAGGACUGCAUUCAAAGAUGGGCAGCUGAAAUGGUUGUAGCCCUUGAUGCUUUACAUAGAGAAGGAAUUGUGUGCCGCGAUUUGAACCCAAACAACAUCUUAUUGAAUGAUAGAGGACACAUUCAGCUAACGUAUUUUAGCAGGUGGAGGGAGGUUGAAGAUUCCUGUGACAACGAUGCCAUAGAGAGAAUGUACUGUGCCCCAGAGGUUGGAGCUAUCCUAGAAGAGACAGAAGCCUGUGACUGGUGGAGCCUGGGUGCCAUUCUUUUUGAACUGCUCACAGGGAAGACUCUGGUCGAGUGCCAUCCAUCAGGAAUAAACACUCACACUUCUUUAAGUAUACCAGACCAUGUAUCAAAGGAAGCCAGAUCGCUGAUUCAGCAGCUUUUGCAGUUUAAUCCUGCGGAGCGUCUUGGUGCUGGUGUUGCUGGUGUUGAAGACAUCAAAUCCCAUCCAUUUUUUGCCCUCAUAGAAUGGGCAGAUCUGGUGAAAUGAGAGAUGCGCUCGCCCUCCGAACAAACUCAGGUCAAGUGGACAAGUUUUUCUGGCACAGAAGAACACCGACUUUCUUCCUUCGGGUGUCCCAAAUCCUUGGACAUUGUAACUGAAGGAGGCCGGACCAAUCAUGCCAAAAGCGAACAACUUUAACAGGACUCACCGAUUGUGCAGGGUGCUAGCUUAUUUUUAUGGCAACUGGCUGCUAUAUGUGUGUAGAUCCUUUCACCAAAGGGUGAUUUGUGAUGAAACUGCUGUGUAGCAUGCUUAGCGCUGCCAGACUGUCAGCUAAGUGACAGUGCCCUCCUGGUGCUUUGUCUGGUGAUGGAAGUGUCUGUAGAGUGUGCCAGUUGAAAAUAUCUUUUAUACUGUAUGUCAGUAGACCAUUUCCCUAUGCUAAGUGCAGCUGGGGGAGGGAGGGGAACAAAUAAUUUAUUAAUGGUAUAUGCUGAAUAAAAUACUAAAAUGCUUUCUGUGAAACUUGACACAUUAAAAAUAGUAUAUCCAUUAAAAAUUAAGAAAGCUGUUGCAUAAUACUGUGGAAUGUGUCUUGAAAAUGGCAUAUCACUUCAAACGGUGGAAAGAACAUAUAAAAGGCAAAUAAUUCUGUCAAAUGUUGUACUUUGUUGGCUGGCAUUGUCUGUUUAAAACUCUUGACUCUGUUAUAUUUGAUGAGCUACGUGUUAAUGUCACUACAGAAAGGGAGACCUUUUCCUCAGCCAGAUAAACACUGCUUUUGCAACUUGAUAAGGAGCAAGAAGACACAGUGCUAAAUAAAUGUAUAGAUUACACAAGGAAAA